AAGCCAUCCACUAAAAUGAAAGAGCAUCAUUCGGUCCUAGUUUACCAGAGCAGCAGCCUCCCAAAUCCUCUAAGCAGACAUCAUGAAGUACUUUGCUACUGUCGUUCUUUUGGCUAUGUUUGCUGUUGCUUCAACGCACGCGGAAGUUAUACGUUCAGAAGAGAAAAACGAACUGUCACCUGAAAAUGCGGAAAAAAACAUACAAUCAGUUAUACUAGAAAAAAGAUCGCUUAAUGGAGAUAUUGAGGGAAAAAUUGCUGCUUCUGAAGCUAAGGAAAAACGUACAGAAUUGACUGAAAGAAACAAGAGAACUGCUGUAUUCCACACUGCAGCACCAGUUGCCUACACUGCUUAUUCCUCACCCUAUACUUAUGCCCGAAAUUAUGUCUACCCUUACGUAGCUUCCCCUUAUGUAGCUUCUCCUUAUGUAGCUUCCUCUUAUGUAGCUUCCCCUUAUGUAGCUUCCCCUUAUCGUUCUUACCCCUACAUCUACAACAGCCCCUACUACUUUUAAAUUAAUCUCUAAUAUGAACAUACGAAUAUUGUGUUCAUAAUAAUCACGUGAAAGAAACUAAUUUCGGGAUAACACGACUAGGCAUAUUAUAAAAAGUGUAUAUUGUUCUUCUUAUUCCUCAUUAGAUUCCCUUAAUGUGGCGAAUUAAGAUUUACUUUUUAUUUAAUUGAGGAUUAAGUAAGUCAAUUGACGAUGUAUGUAGUUUAAUUUGAUCUUUAAAUACAAACGGUUAUAUCGAA